CGAUUUCACCUUUGUGUUCGAAACAACGCCUUGCUUUGGUGUUGACCAGAAAUGGGCAAGCAGGGAGAAGAAGCUCGGCAGAAAUGGAUUGAUAUUCAACUUCAUACAUUUACCAAUUGGAUUAAUGAGCAGCUUCAAGGAAAUGUGAUACGAGACUUAACACAAGACUUAUCGGAUGGAGUUAAUCUUAUCAAACUGGUGGAAAUUCUCCAAGGAAGGCGGUACUAUGGAAAAGUAUACGAUCAAGACCCUACAGAAAUUCAGAAGUUGAUGAAUGUCCAGAUGGCUCUGGAUGCUCUUCGCGAAGAUGGGGUAAAAACUGUGAAUAUUGGAAGUCAUGAUAUUGUUGAUGGAAAUGAAAAGUUAAUAUUAGGCCUUAUUUGGUGCCUUGUACAACGCUAUCAGAUUGCUUGCAAAACAAAAAUCCCGCCGAAGAAACUCGUCAUGGCAUGGAUUCAGAGCGCUUUACCCGAAUUGAAACUUACAAACUUCCGAACCAAUUGGAACGACGGCAUAGCAUUAAGUGCUCUUUUAGAAUAUUGUCAACCGGGUUUGUGCCCAGAAUGGAGGAACCUCGAUCCAUCGGAGGCUCGUGAAAACUGUCAUAGAGCUCUGUUACUGGCUGAGAGAUAUCUAGAAGUUCCACCAAUUAUCUCUUCCGAUCAUUUGUCUUCUCCUCAUCUCGACGAACUUUCAUGUUUAACCUACCUUUCAUAUUUUAUUACAAAGGGUGCCCCCGGAUAUCGAGCAACACUGAAAAAAGUGUCCAUGCUACUUCCUGAUUGCAAUGUGGACGAUCUGGAACAUUCCUGGAGUGACGGUUUUCUCCUUGCACAUCUUGUCGAAAUUUGUGGAGGCAGAGUCCCUGAACUCGAACGAAUGCGAUUUGACAAUUUGAACGAUUUCGUUGAAAAUGUGGCAAUAGUUCUCGACGCAGCUGCUGACAUCGGUGUUGGGUCACUGAUUGGUGCCGACGAUAUUGCUGAACCACAAGGGGAACAUUUGGGCACCAUGGCACUUGUUGCAGCACUUUGUUCUGUAUCACUUGAGCAACAAGUAAAAUAUACCGACUGUUAUGUCAAUCAACAGGUCAAUCUGGAUUUGGCUUUUACGGAAGGGAACGAAGUGAGAAUUGAAGAGCUAGAUGUUCAAGUUGUUGGAGGCAAUGGUCAACUUUAUUCAAAUGAGGCAAUAAAACUGAGAAAAAGUCGAACUGUUCAAGGAGCAAAUUUGUCUUUGAUGCCCGUGGAGCCAGGAUUUUUGCAAGUUCGAAUCUACUGCCAGGGCUCCGAACUACCAGCGAGCCCUAUAUCCCUUCAAGUGCACACUCAGGAAGAAACACGCAGCUCCUCGCGUGCGGCUUCUCGAGCUCAUCCCGAAAAUCGAAAUCCGCCUGCAUCAACUUCAAAGUAUAUUGAGCGAACCAUAGUUUCACCUGUUUCAGAUUCUCGGGAAUCUGGGAAAAUCGCGCAGUUCUCCACAGAAACUGAGGUGGACAUUUCGCACAAAUCAUUCGCGCAGAGACGUCUUCACAUUAUCAAGCAGCUCGAAGCGCAGCACGUCAAUCAUAUAGCGCAGACAAAAUCGCAUCACCAACAACAUACCCAGCAACAACAACAUCAUCAGACUGUCCCCACGCAGUCUUCAUCAAUAGUUCAAGUUGUGCAGCCGAUACCACCGCCGCCACCUACACUAGCUCAGAGCAGUUCAAAUAUUCCACCACCACCUCCAAUUCCAGCUGUCCUUGAAGCUUCUGCAUACAGAGAAAUGCCACUGACCAGGUCGCCCGAUGUUGGUCUCGUUUCGUUUUCAGGACUCACAGAACCUUGCUCAGUUGGAUCAAUUGUAGAAGUUGUGAUAAAUGCGCACGGAGAUGCUGUAUCUGGUUCAGUGUAUGUUGAAGCAGUUUCUCCAUCAGGAAAUGUGCACAGGUGCACGGUCCGCCAUCAGGACAACUCUUACAUGGCAACGUUCACCCCUCAAGAAGUCGGACUUUGGAGAAUUGGCAUCCUGUACGACGGCGAACACAUCCGAGGAAGCCCCUUCGCAUGCCAGGUGUUCGAUUCUGGUCUGGUUAAUGUUUACGGUCUGGAUGUCGGAUUAGUUGGACAGGAAUUGAAUUUUUCUGUAAAUGCUUCCCAAGCAGGACAUGGAAAUCUCAGUGUAACGGUUUUCCGUCACGGUCGUGAGAUUCCAUUGUCAAUCGAAGAGCAGGGUAGUUCUAAGGUACAUCAAGUUUCAUUCACUCCGGACGGCGCUGGUCAAUACAAAAUCCACGUUCUUUUUAACAGAAUGGAAAUUAAAGGAUCUCCAUUCAUUUUGGACAUUGCCGAUGCUUCGUCUGUAUCCGUAUACGGGGAGAACUUGAGAUCAGCAUCCGUUGGCAAAACUGCAUCAUUUAUGGUUCAUGCGAUCGGAGCAGAGGCAAAAGACAUUAGUGCUCAUGUGACAGUCCCAUCGGGAGGCAAGUUUCCUGCAAAGGUUGUCACACUGGACGAUGUCACGUUUCAAAUCGAAUGGACCCCAAAAGAGCCAGGCGAGCACAGUGUGGAUGUGAUGCUGGCGGACCAACGUGUACCCGAUGCUCCAUUUGCUUGCAAUGUCGGUGCUCCGGACCUAGUGCACGUACGAAACAUGCCGCGAAGGAUUCAACCGUCAAAACUUCACACAGAUCACUCCUUUGAAAUUGACGCAUCAGCUGCCGGAUCCGGCAAUCUGGAAAUUAUGAUUAAUGGAGGCCGCGUGCCGUGUCGGGUUCGUGAACUCGGCAGCAGGCAAUACAUGGCAAUUUUCACACCAACUCAGUCCAUGACUCACACAAUUGAAAUGAGGUUUAACGGAGAACACGUCUCGGGAAGUCCAUGGAAACUACCAGUUGAGGAUCGCGGCGAGAGACGACAGGAAAUGGAGAGAACCAUGUCCUACUACUCAGAAUUGUCCGGACCUGGACUGGUACGAGCACCCGUUAAUCGCACUGCACAGUUUGAUAUUACUGGAGAAGGUCUUGAGCUCAGCGAUAUUCAAGCAAAAAUAUCAGGCCCUGACAACAGAGAGUAUCCUAUUAGAAUUAUUCCACGAAGCUCUGGAAAAUACACAGCUGAGUAUGAGAUUGAGCAAGUUGGAGAGCAUCACUUGACAGUUUGGAUCGCAGGCAGAAAAGUCGACGGCUCACCACUUUCUGUUGCUGGAUACGCAACCGAGAAAGUUCGUCUGGAACCGUUGGGUGGUGGAGUGCCGAAACAGCCAGUACAGUUCUAUGUGGAUGCCGUGGAAGCUGGAAAAGGACAACUCGAGAUUUCAGUCAAUCAGGGAAAAGUGCCGAACAAUGUUCAAAUGCAAGGCGCUGGAAGAUGCUUAGUCACAUUCAUCCCGCAACACGCCGGAACUUAUGUUAUUGAUGUUACUUUUAACGGAGAGCAAGUUCAUGGCUGUCCGAUCAAAGUGGAGAUUCUGCCAAAACAAGUAGGUCAGCAAAUUCACGCCAAUUUGACGCCGACCGCUGUUUCAACCGCCAUUUCAGCAGGAGGAACAUCUUUAAUUUCGGGUGCAUUCCGAGAAACCGCAAGAUCUCCAUUGUCGGCUAGAAGCCCAACAUCUCCAACACUUCUUCAACAUGCUCGUCAACGCAGUGAAGAGACAAUGCUCCGAAGCCCACAACUUCUCAGAGAAUCUAGAAAAGCAGAUAAGCCUUGGCAAUCGUCCUACGCACCAUCAUCGUCACGCAACGCCUUCUCUCAAUCACCACAUCGUGAUUGGAGUGCUUCAACUGUCUACGACAGAGUUUAUAACUCGAAUAGUGAUGUAGAGCGCACUCUGUCUCCAAGUGAUCCAUCGAGAAAUCGCAAUAUUCGAGAGACAACAACCGUCAUCCACAGAACUCCGUCGCCAACUGGUUUGAGAUCUACUCAGAUCACUGAGACAAUCACUCGCACAACUCACCGGUCACCGUCACCACCCAGAGGAGUUUCCAACACCUCUUUCGGAAGUGUCAGAACCCAAGAGUUUGCCGAACGUAUUGCCCGCUCUCCAUCCCCAACUGGAUACGAAAGAGAAUUUGUUGAGAAGCGAACAACCUAUAGGUCACCAUCGCCGGCAAGAACAUCAAGUGUGGCUCACUCCCAUAUUAGUGAGGUUCCACUUUCUCCAAUUCAAGGAAUGGAUACUCCGUUUGAUCAUCAUGAACGUGUGAAGAAAGUUGAGAGAAUGGAUCCAUUGGCUGAUGAAGAAGAACGUGAACAGAGAAGAAAUCAGCUUGAAAGAGAUUCUAAAAACACUCUAGGAUACACUGUUGCUCAAUAUGGUGAUGGUGAAAAACGAUAUUUUGGAGACACACUUGAAAAAAAGGAUCGACCACCAUCUGCUGGAUACUACUCAUCUGUUCAGCAAAGAUCAACAUCUCCAGAGUACUCGACAGUUUACGAGCGAUAUGACAGAAAGAGCGAAAAACCAGAUUUGCCGCCAAGAGUUGAAGGUCAUGUCUCUGCAAGCUACAAGGGAUAUGAGCCAGUUUACUCUGAAGUGACAACAACUAGAACCACGACUACUACAGAAUACGAGAACAUUGACAAAAAACCAAAUGUGCCAAAAAAGAGAGCUACUACUCCAGAAGGACACGUUGAGCCAGUAAAUGACAAUGAGGAAAAAGAUAGACAAGCAUUCUUGAGAACUCAAUCUGAAAAAGUAUUCGAGCCAGUUGAUGCUCCACUUCGCCGUUCAGACGAGAAGGAAUCAAUUUAUGAUCUUCCACCUCAAGAAAGACUUCAUAAAUACCCGGAGGAACCAACUAUUGCUCUGGGUGAAAAAGCCAAUACUUCAGCAAUUGCCGCAUACACAAAAGGACGACAGGACGAUAUUGAUGAAGUUUCUCGAAAUGCAUCUUUCCCAUCUGCACCAACAAUUAACUACAAUGAACGUUCAGAUGAAGUUUCCAACUACAACAGGACAAAAGAAGAUCAUUACGGAGUUGUUGGAGAAUACCCAACAGCACCAAAAAUUGCAUACUCUGAUAGCAAGGAAGCAGUCAUUCGUGAGCAUUAUGCACAAGCAAAGGAAGAUCCAUACGCGACUGUGGGAGAAUGUCCGCCAGCUCCAGAAAUUUCAUUGAGAUCAGAUAAAUUGAAUGAGACUAAAAAUGAGUACCGUCGUACAACAGACUCAGAUCAGCAAGAUGGUAAAGCAGGCCCACCACCUCCAGUGAUUGAGAUUAGCAAAGCCGAACAAGCUCGCAGAACAGAAGAGUAUCUACGCGUGAAAUCAGAAGAUGAUAAGAUUCUUGCCAAACACGGCUUCACAAGAAAGCCAGAGCCAUCAAUUGAGAUUCAAGAGCCAGUUACCGAGCAGAUUCGGGACGAUGUAGUUGAAACCGCGAUUGCUCCAGAAGUUCCACUGAGACCUGUUGAAGAACUUCCACACUCUCCAGCUCCAUCCUCUAGAAGUACUCCAGCCACCACACCGAAGUUAUCAGCCAAGUUUAGAAAAGAUGGUAAAGAAGGUAAACCUUUCGACUUUGGAAAAAGCAAAUUUGUUUGCAAACAUGAUGUCAUCAAAAGAGGAAAAGAAGUGGAGGUUAAGCUUGAAGGAAUAAAGUUGGGAAAAGAAGAUCAACUUCGUGUCGUUGUUUUGCCCCCUGCUAAUAAAGCAAUUCCUGGAGCAAAUGGAGGACCACCAACAGAAGUUGAUACCAAAGUGAAAAAGAGCAGCAGCAAAUACGAGAUUAGCUUCAAACCAACAGAAGUUGGAACACACAAGGUGUUUGCCUAUGUAAAUGACAUGCAACAUCCGCUUUCACCAUUCGCUGUCCGUGUCUACGACGCGUCGGAAAUUAUCGUCGGCGAAAUUCCGAAUCAAUCAAAUCUCAAUGACACCGUUGAGUUCACGGUUGACGCCGGUCGCGCUGGUUUCGGAAAUCUCGAGAUGGCUAUUAAGGAUGCUGAUGGUGUCAUCAUUCCUUCUCAUGUUGCACAACUUGAAAGUGGAUCGGCCAAGUUUUUAGUGACUUUCACACCAGCUACAAAAGGGCCUCAUACAGUUAACAUUACUUUCAACAAGGAAGUUCUCAAAAACUCGCCAUUUGAAGUGAACAUUGUUGAUGCUCCACUCCCUGCUCCAGUUGUUCUCGAACCAGCUUCUGGAGCCUCUGCAGUUGCUUCCCCAUCACUGAGCAAAAAAGAGUUGAAGGAACAAGAAAAAGAAAAGAAAAGAGAAGAGAAGGAACGGGCCAAGCGCGAGAAAGAAGAACGCGCCACUCUGAAAAAGGAGAAAAAGAGCAAGUCACAUAGAUUCCCCGCCAAAACUACCGUUUCCAAAAUUCCGUCGCUUUCCAGGGUUGGACAACCGUCCUCCCUUGUAGUUGAGGUAUCCGGUCACGAUCAACUUGAGAUUCGUGUCCUUGAUAGCAAAAAGAGUGAGAUUGGAACGGAUAUUGUAGAAAUUGAGCCAGGACACAUGCAAAUUAAUUUCACACCAGCUCAAGUUGGCGAUCACGAGAUUGAUGUUCGAUAUGGAGGUGUGCCUGUAACAGGAUCACCAUUCACUUGCAGAGCCUACGAUCCAGCUAAGAUUAAAGUCGGAGCAAUUCCAAAGGGCCUUCUGGAUAAACCCGUAUACUUCACAGUUGAUGCAUCUGAAGCUGGUGUUGGAAAUCUUGAAGUUGCUGUCUGCGAAGGACGUGUUCCAUCAAUGGCACACGCUCUUGGACACCACAAGUACGACAUUUCGUUUGUGCCAAAGGAAGACGUUGACCAUACUAUCACUGUUCGAUUUAACAAUGAGCCAGUCCCAGGGUCUCCUUUCUUGUGUCAACUUGUUGCAACUGCGCAAGCAACUGCUACUGGUGCAGGUCUCGAAAGAAUCCCAGUCGACGAAGAAACCGAAAUUCAAAUUCUUACCGACGAGAUCGAUUCGGCUCCAGAAGCACGUGUUCGUGAUCCACAAGGAAACGAUCUACCAGUCAACGUGACUCGCAGCCGUGAAAACGAAACGCUCCACAUCGCCACUUAUGUGCCAAAAUGUGUCGGAAACCACUUGAUUGACAUUUUCCUCCAAGGAGAGCCAAUUGCGGGAUCUCCAUUUACCGCAAAAGCAUAUGACGCUAGAAAAACUGUGUUGGUCCCACCAGCAAAUGCAGUCGUUGGAAAGCCUGCGACAUUUGUCAUCGAUGCUGCCCGCUCUGGUGCUGGAAACAUGGAGAUCAUCGUCUCGGUCGACAACCGAAAUGUUCCAAAUUUCGUUCAAGCUGAAGGACAAGCUCGAUUCAAAGUUUCUUUCACACCACAGGACGCCAAAGAUCACACCAUCAGCGUGAAGUUCAAUGGAAUCAGUGUUCCAGGAUCUCCACUUAUCUGCAGUGUGAGCUCAGCUGGGUCAGUGCCAGCCGCUGUCGUUCUUCCAGCUGCAGCAGUAAUUGGAGCAGAAACUGCAGUUGCUGCUAGAGAGCGUAUCAAGCACACUCCUCAACACUCGUCAGAACAAAUCAAGCAAACAACUACAACGGUUCUCCAAAAGACGCCAGAAAUUAGAGAGACAGUUGAGAAGACUGGAUUGGCCAGAGAAUUGAAUUCUGCUCAAAUCGGACAAAAGAAAGGAUUUACAAUUGAUAAUAUCAACAAAUCUUCAGAUUGCAAUGUCAUUAUCACAGCUCCUGACGGAUCAAUGGUUCCUGUGUCAAUUCAAAAGUCGUCUACAUCUGCUUAUGCUGAAUUCACACCAACAAUAACUGGAGAGCACUUAGUGGAAAUCUAUCUGGAUCAUGAAAUCAUCGAUGAGUUUGUUAUCAAGAUUAAAGACGAAAGACAUAUUCUUCCGCCAGUUUGUCUUGCCGGUCAGAAAUAUUCAUUUGAUGUGAACUCCGAUGACAAAAACAAAGUCCGUGUUACUAUCCGUGAACCUUCUGGAAGAAUGCUCCCAGUACAAAUGGAAGACUUGCCAGACGGCGGAGUACGUGUAUCUUGCCGCUUCAAAGAAGUUGGAAUCCACUCAAUCGACGUUUUUGUUGAUGAUCAGCCGAUUGGAGAGCGCAAAAUGCAAACAGUGAUUGACCCACUUAAUGGAGCACAAUUGGUGUCAGAGCCAAAGCGUGAAAUUGUUGGAGAGCAAACCGAGCUGAAGAUUCUCAUUGAUUCCGGCGUUGAAUCACAGGUCGAAGUUAUAAUUGAAGGACCUGAUAGAGAGGAUAAUGAAGUCUUCGUGAAGAAAGUUUCCGAAACUUUGUGGUCUGCUGUAUGGACACCAAAAGUCGAAGGAGAGCAUGAAUUAUCAAUCUUGGUAGCUGGUGAACAAAUCCCUGGAUCUCCAUUCCCAAUUCACGUGUUAGAUCCAUCAGCUGUGAGAGUUAUUGGACUGAAAAAUGCUCCAGUUGGAGUCGAACAACAGUUCAGCGUGGAUUAUACUAAUAGUGGAGCCUCGAUCGCCAGCGUUGAAGUUAGACAUGGCGACCAGACUAUUCCAAUCACUGUGAAAAAAAUGAAACCCGGACAACUUCUCUGCACAUUUACCCCAUUUGUUGACGGUCCGCAUCAAGUUGAAGUAAUCAUUGAUGGAGUUCCACUGUCAGAUGGUCCAUAUGAAGUAUUCAUCAGCCAUCUCGGCACAGUACGUGCGUCUGGAGAUGCACUGAGAAAAGCCCAGCGAGCGAGAACUGCUCGUUUUGAAGUUAUCAACGUUGAACAAAAUCGUGGCGAACUUGAUGUGAUGGUGUCAGAUCCAAAAGGAGGACCGCUUCCAGUUCGUUGCUACAAACAGCAAGACGACAGUUAUUGGGUAGAAUUCACACCGGAACACCUUGGAACUCACACCAUCGAGGUCACUUUUGGUGAUGUUCCUGUGCCAGGAUCUCCUUUCAAGACUGAAGUUAUCGACCCAAAGAAUGUGGAAAUUCGUGGUCUCUCUGAUCAAGUUUUGCUUCGACAUGCUACCACUAUUAACGUUGAUCGUCGUAAUGCUGGAAAUGGAGAGCUUCAAGUUGAAAUCACUGACCCGACCGGAUCUCCACUACGCACAGAAAUGCUCAAAUCUCCUGGUGGCGAAGACCGUAUUACUUUCUUGCCAAACCAAACUGGACCCCACAAGAUUAAUGUGAAGGUUGCUGGAUUCCAGAUCCCUGGAUAUCCACAAACAAUAUUGGUUAGCGAGCAAGAAAAACCAGCGGUUUAUGGUGCUGCUGUUGAUCAAUCGAUCAAGAUCGGAGAGCCGGCUUCUCUGAUUUUCGAUCCAAAAAAGACAAAUGGAGGACUCAAAAUUCACGCAACAGGUCCAGAUGGACAAAAAGUGCACCACAACGUAAUGCGUAGACCAAAUGGCACAUCAGAAGUUGUCUUCUAUCCUGAGGAAACUGGAACUUACAAUGUCAGCAUUGACUUCAAUAACCGUCCAAUCACCGGAAGCCCAUUCACCGUGAAUGUUGUCGACCCAACCAAGGUCAUUGUUAACGACCUAGACAUGGAUCGCGAUGGAACUCUUCUCCUCAGACUUGGUCACUCGAACUCAUUUGAUGUUGACGCGACGGCAGCCGGACCCGGCAAACUUCGCGCGGAAGUUCGAGACGCCGACAGUUCGCUGAUCGGCAAUGGCCCGGUUGUCGAGGACAUGGGACAGGGAAAAUACCGCGUUCGAUUUAAUCCAGAUCAACCCGGAAAGUACUCGAUUUACUUGUACUGGAACGAGUUGCCAGUUGAGAGCGCAUUCCCAGUGAGAGCCCGAUCGUCUGCCGAAGACUUGCCGACAACUUCUCGCGCUGUCAGAGAACCCAUCCCACCACCAGUUACAACAACUUAUCACACACGCGAAAAGUCGUCUGGUUCAAAUGCCGAUGACGAAAUUAGCAGAAUAAUGGUGAGAGGAGAUGGUCUUCACAGAGCUGUUCUCAAGGAGCACAAUGAAUUCAUCAUCGAUGGAAGUGAUAUCAACAAGGAGGGUCGUAUCACAGCAACACUUCUAGGAUCAAAAGCAGACAUUCCUGUGAGAAUUCAACAACUCGGACAUAAUGUCUACAAAGCUACUUACACUCCAUUGACUGGAGGCACCUAUGAACUUCAUAUUCUUUGGAAUGGAAAGCACGUUAAAGGAUCACCAUUUGCUGUUUCUGCAGACACAUCUGCUCAUUUGGCUGAUCUUAUUGACGUUGAUGCUUCGACUCUUAAAAUUGGAAUAAUCAAUGAGAACAUUAAGACAUUGAUUGAUACUCGUCGUGCUGGAUCCGGACAACUUUCAGCUUUAUGUAUGGGUCCGAAUAAGCCCGCUUACUGUGAACUGUAUGAUCACAGAGAUGGAACUUAUGCCCUCUGUGUCAGGCCAGCUGAGAUUGGAAAGCAUACAUUGGUUAUCAAAUACGACGAUGAGCACGUAAAAGGAAGUCCAUUCGUUGUUCACGUGUCUCUUCCACCAGAUCCGUCAAAAGUUCGCGUCUACGGGCCAGGAGUUGAACAUGGAAUUCUUUCUCUUUUCAAAUCCAAUUUCGUCGUGGAAACCCGAGGUGCUGGCGCUGGACAACUGACUGUUCGUGUCAGAGGACCAAAGGGAGCCUUCAAUGUGGAAAUGCAAAGAGAGAAGAAGAAUGAAAGAACGAUUCACUGCAAGUAUGAGCCAAAGGAACCAGGGGAUUAUCAGGUCGAAGUGAAAUGGCACGGAGAGCAUGUUCCAGGUAGUCCAUUCCUUGUCAUGAUCGUCGACACCGAGAAAGAACUCUCAAGAUACCUUCGCGGCGAGGCUCCGUCUCCAACACCAGCAACGCCAUUCAUUCCGCCAGGAUGGGUAGCUCCACCACAAAUGUACCCAAUGCAACCAGGACAGCAACGUUUCCUGCCACCACCAGGCCAUUUCGGACCAAUGGGUGUUCCAAGCCCAUAUGGAUCCGUUCCACCUCCGACCAAACAUAAAGGACGCAAUCAUUAAAUUGUAUUGAUUAGUGAUACCUCAAUUCCAAACUACAAAUCCUUUUUUAAUCAACAUUUUUAUUCGAACUCAAAUUUUGAAAAUUGAGAAUUAAGAUUUUUAAAUUAAUACAGCAAAACAUGCUAUUCUAGUUAAUGGUUUCAAAUUUCAGAAAAAUUAUUAUUGCAUAGAUUCUGCUUCUCCUUGUCUUUUCCAAAUAAUCUAUGAUUAUACAAUCCCCAAAUACAAUGUGAUACUUUCUCUGAUGAUGACACAACAAACGUUCUUUUAUUUUCAUCAUUUCUAAUCAUAAUGCUCAUUUUUCCCAGACGUUUACUUACAUUUUAAAACAGAAAUACUCCUGCCAAAUGUUUCUUACCUUUGCUCCAUGUUCCCACUUCCUUCACUUUUAAAUGCUCAUUAAUAAAAUGAACAAGAUCCUGUGCUCUGCUCCCUCUGCUAUCUUUCUUGUGUAGAAUUUUUCGUUUCAUAAUCAGAAGUCUUCCUAUAAGUUAGUUGUAUUUUUAUUCAAUUCCAAUUUCAGAUGUUCUUAUUUUUAAAACAUGAUAAAGUUUUUACAAAUC